GCGUCAUUGUGUCGGGGUGACCGUGGGGUUGCUUGUGGUGAAAGAGACAUGACAGCUCGCGGGUCCCCCAGCCGGUUUUUGCAGAGUGUGCUACAGAAUGGAGUGGGCAGAUAUGUGUGUCAGCUCAAGAGGGUCUCGCUGAUCUUCAGUAAGGACUCGCAGACCUCCCGGGGAGCCAGAGAAUUUAUUGAAGAGAAGGCGGUGGAUUUUGCCAGGAAGAACCCCAGUGUGGUGCUGUAUGUUCAGCCUCACAAAUGCAGCGUUCCCAAACUAGUGGCAGAAUAUUUGAAUGGUGCGGUGAGAGAAGAAGCCAUUAACAGCAAAUCAGCCGAUGAUAUUGUACAACUGAUGCAAAAAAUGGCCAACCAGUCCGGCCUGGAUAUAAUCCGUAUCCGCAAACCCUACCACACUGAUACCCCCAGCAUUCAGGGACAAUGGCACCCCUUCACUAACAAACCCUCAUCUAUUAAUGUGAAAAGCUUUGAAGCUUUCAGUGAACACACUAAAUCCAUGCAAUAAACCAAAAUGUGUGUUAUUCUCACUGGUGUUUCAUCAGAUAAAGUAGGGGUGCUUAUAGGUUGGACACCCCAGCAAUGCUUUGGGCUGUUUGUGCAUUGAUUAACUGGAUACAUUUGGUGAUGUGAAUCAGAAGUUGUGAUGGUCGGUCCGUAGAUUUAUGCCUCUCACUUAUAGGGGGGGGCUGAUGCAGUUCAACCUGCUCAGAGCUUUCCAUUCUAACAUAGUUGUAUUAUAUCAAUAAAAACAUUUUUGGUAAA